AACGACGACGACGGCAGUUCCUGUCCACCUGUCGGCCACGACAAACGCCGGUGAACCGAUAACGUCGACGCACCACGAAAACCGCAUUAUCGCACGUGGUCAACUGCGCGCGCAUACGAGACUCGUCUUACGAUAAUAAUUUAUUAUUAAUUGUUGAUAAAUUGUUAUUUAUUAUUAAUAUUAUUAUUAUACCUUUCGAGGUCCGGUUAAUUGUCCUUGACAUAAUAUUACAAAUAAUUGAGACACGGCAGAUAAGCUGCACGGGUCUCACCCUGAGAAGCGAUCUUUUUUUUCUCGCUCCAACCAAUCGACCAUUUUAAUAAUUUAUUAUAAUUACAUUUAAACGAUAACGAGACGAUACUAAUAAUAAUAUAACAGUAAAAUAUACCAACGUUUUCCGUGUCGCGUCCCGCGAGGCUCCAUACACGCGAUUUUAGCCCAGACGAAGCGGACAUCAUGCGGCGUCGUACCGCUGUAGCAGAAGCCGUCGUCGGUGCCGCGGCGGCCGUGCUCUUGACGCUGAUCGGCGUCGCGGACGCGGGCAGCUGCUUGGAAGCCAAGCUGUGCUGUCCCGGUCGCGACUCGGCGUGCGUCGUCCAGAAGACGCCCAUCAACGCCAUCAUCGAAGACCCAACGGACAAGCCAUGUUACUGCGACCACGCGUGCCUCAAGCUCGGCGACUGUUGCACCGAUUUCAAACCCGCUUGCGGAGUGAUUGAUUGUGUGAUGUCAGAGUGGGAAUCAUGGAGUGAAUGUGACACGGAAUGCGGAAGUGGCAUGAUGACAAGAAAAAGACAAGUGAUGAAAACACCAGUAAAUGGCGGCAAACAUUGUCCUUCGAUGGUGCAGAAAAGAGCGUGCAUGGGAACCAGAUGCCCCAAUUAUCCCGGGAGUGCACUAAAAGAAACCGCCAUGUUGCUGCCUGCGUCUUUGGCAUCCAACCGUUUGAGUAAUGAGUCCCAAGAUAUACGUCACAAUUUAAAGUACCGCUUGUCAAAAGAACCAGUCGAUUUAGAUUCAAAGGAGUACUGUGUUCUUUUCGAGGUGAUGAAAGCGACCAAGGCCUGCAGAAAAGUGUCCGAAUACUCUUUGCUCAGAGAAGGUGAACGCGUGUGCGUGCGCUGCGACACACAGGUGAUGCGACAGUCACUGGGCUUCCGGUGCCCGGGCCACGGGACAAUGGAUCGGGCGACGAGAUGGACCGUACUGUCGGCGCCCCAUUGUCACGGAAAAUGGGUUCGUCUCGAGUCGGCUGGACAACAGGACGGGCACUCGUGUCCGAUGUGUAAAAAAGGAGCGCAGUUCGUAUUCGUAUAAGCCGGCGGCCGCUGCUCACCUAAGUAUAAAACAUAUUAUACGAAAUCCCUUUGAUUUUUUUUUUUUAUAUACACCUACAUAGGUUCCCACCCAUAGUUCGUCCAUCCACUUCACACCCCUCACCACUACUACCCCACACCACUUCUUCCGCGGCACAUUCGGAUCCAAGUCUUCGUACCGCCAUAUAUACGUAUACCUACAUAUACGCGCGUGUGUGUGUGUGUGCAAAGCCCGACCAUACACGUUUUUUAGAAAAAAGUAAUACGACAUAAUAAUAAUAAUAAAAGUAUAACAACAACAAUAAUUCUUACAUAUUUUUAAGACCGUAUUAUGUAUAUUAUAUAAAUGCACAGGGCGGUCCAUUAAAAUAGGAAUAGCUUCACUGAUUGUUUACAAAUAAGUCUGAAUUGUUGUUACAUAUCACGUCCUACCCCCUCCGAAAAAAAAAGAAAGUAUUUGAUAAUUUUACAUUCGGAAACUGAAUACUUUUCUAAAAAGUAUUGAUUAAUGUCUAGAAUAUUAAAUAACAUAUAGUUACUUUUUAAGUGUUUAAAGUUUUGGUGAGAGGACAAUAACUUUUACCGGGUGCCUACCGCGGUACCCCUUACCGUUUUACUCAAUCUAAACUUUAAAUGCUUAUCAAUAUUGUACCAACAAUGUUUUUAUAAAAGUAUUUUGUUUCCCAUGAUACAAUUUAAUAUAUAUAUAUAUAUAUAUCGACAUUAAAAUAAUUAAAAACUUUUAAAAAGUGACUGCGUACCACGAAAAACUUUAAAAAUGAGAUUUUUUGGAAAGUGUAGUGUGUUAUAAAAAUAUACUGAACAAUAUUUAAAAGCAUUUAAAAUUUUUAAAAACACAAGAAUUGACUUCGAAAAUCAGUGAGGCCAUUUAAAUGGAUCACACUUCCAUCGUAUCAUAUUUUAUUAUAAUACAGUCAAACUCUGUUAACUCAAUAUAUUCGGUACCUCGAAAUUUUUCCUGGUCCUAAUAGAAUUUCCUAUUAUUUGGAUUAUCCUUGGAUAACCCCAACUUUUUGGAUGGUCCCUUCAACUUCAAGUUAACCAAGUUCGACUGUAUAUUAUACGAUAUGUCAGUAUACAUAUUAUUAUUAUAUUUUGUGUGUAUUCCGAGCUGGUACGUACCUACCUCUUUUCAGGUGCUAAUUUUACUCGUACAUAUCCUUGUCGUCACGUGUUUUCAUAUUAAUUUCAUUAUUAGUUAUUAUAUAUUUUACUAUUUCAUAUUAUCUUACAAUCCACGUCAACCUCUCUCCGCCCUCAAAUUACUCAUAUUUUCAAUAUUAUAUACAAUUAUUAAUUAUUGGCAUAUGUAUCUUUUUGUUUCAAUAGUAUAUUUUAAAAUAUAUAGCUGUAAACGAAUCCCCGCUUUCUGCCCGAAAAGAAAUUGUAAAUAUAACAUGAUAAUAUACCAUUACAUAAUAAUAGUAAUUUUAUAAGUUUAAUUUUGAA